CAAAUUUCACUGCGACCGCUCCCUCCUAGGCAGCAAAGAGUGCUAGCUCUUUCACUGCCCGGAAAUAAGCGUCGCUUAAGCUGAAAUUUUGCAGAGAUUCACUUUUCAUACGGCUUUACAAAGUCAGAUUCAACAAGCCGCAACUCUACUACAGACAAUACUCUCGCUGUUAGCACGAUCAGAUUUCAACGGUCGAAACCAACACACAUCAUGUGCUUCUACCAUGCCUACACUCACCAAUGUGGGCAUACACAAAUGGUAUUCCAACAACUAUGUCCCAAAGGCCAGAUGGUCCAACAAAAAUGCAAUCGCGGACAUGAUGGCGUAAUCCUGGCCACAGUCAAGGUGGAGACAUCUUGUGAGGUGUGUCCGGUCAAGUAACACAGCUGCAAUACAACAUGUAAGCCUGAAGCGGUACGGCAGAAUUCAUCAAGUCUGAUUGGAGCAAGGCGUUUGAUGACUACCGAUUAGGGGCCAUUCAUUCUGCGCUGCUUUAGGACUGGUUAUGCUUUGCAUUUCCUUGGGUUAAUGUAUGUUAUUCAAGGC